CGUUGGUUGCAUACGUAACAGAAUAACGAGACAGCAAGUAAAAUUCAGGUUCUGUGUAAAUUUUGUUGACAUUGUAGUCAAGAUUGUAGUGAAGAGCUGAGCUGAGUGGAGCAGAGACUGGACUACAAAUAGUAAUUUAGCAAAAAGUGCAAGAAGAUGAGCGGUUUCACAGAAAGUGCACUUAUAAAGAAGCUGGCUGAUCUGAACAAUUCCUCCCAGAGUAUACAGACCCUGUCCCUGUGGUUGAUCCACCACCGCAAACACUAUGCACAAAUAGUGAAAAUAUGGUUGAGGGAGCUAAUAAAAGCGAAAGAAUCAAAAAAGUUAAUUAUGAUGUACUUAGCAAACGAUGUGAUCCAGAACAGUCGAAAGAAGGGUCCUGAAUUUGGCAAAGAGUUUUGCAUGAUGCUGUCAAAGGCUUUCGAGCAUAUGGCUGACAUCAAUGCAGACGAGAAGACAAAAGGCAGCUUAUGUAGGUUAUUGAAUAUCUGGAAGGAGAGAGGAGUGUACAGUGAACAGCAAAUAACAGAGUACAAGGAAGCAUUAAUGGUCACAGAGGAACCUCCCUUGAAGAAAUCAAAGAAGUCUUUGAUAAAAAGUGAAUCACCAACUGAUCGGAAAAAGGUGGAAAAAGAAAAUGAGGUAACCUUGGAGGUUGAAGCAAAAUUAGACACUCAUGUGCAUCUUAGCCCAGGAACACCAGCAGGUGAUCCUCCAGAACCAGAGGAAUUGAUUAAGGCAAUAACAGACUUGGAAAAUAACACAGCCUCAACUGAUGAGGUUGUCAGGCAAAGAAUAGCACAAUUGCCAGUAGAGGUUACAGAGAUUUCACAUCUCUCAAAAAUAGAAGACAAGGACAGUGCAGAGAAAUUAUCAAAGAAAAUUGACGAUGCGAUAACGCUAAUAAAUGAAUAUAACACGAGACUGGCGUUGGAGGUGGAGAACAGAAAAAAAGUAUCAACGAUGUUGAGGGAUUUCCUCAUAUCCCAGAAGGAAUUGCUCGCGCAGGCGGAACUUUCGUUAGGGGAAUAUCAAGACAAAUUGCAGAAGGCUUACAUCGUCAGGCAGGAACUGAAAUCGCACAUACAAAAUCUGCCCGAUCUGACCGCUUUACCGGACGUGACUGGUGGACUACCGCCUUUACCCUCUGCCGGCGAUCUCUUCAAUGUUAACUUACAUAAUAUGCAUUAAAUUUAUUUAAAAUGCAACGCUAAUUGGCUAAUAACUACGCUCGGAAGACAACAACAAUGAAUAGAAAUAUAUACAUAAAUGAUUGGAUGGAUGGAUGGAUGGAAAACGAAGCAUUUCAAGAGAUGGAAAUGUUUAUAAUAUUUUCAUAGUUCUUUAAAUGUUUGUUAACUAAACAAAGGAAUAUAAUUAAUUAAUUGAAUUAGCAUUGUUCACAUUUGAGAAAUUGAAAGCAAACACUAAAUGAGAAAGUUUCUUCAGAUGAAACCUAUACCUAUGAAGUGAUACCUAUAUUGUUU